AUGUUGCUAGCUCUCGUAGUCUUGUUCUCCGUUCCUCUAGUGCACACCAAAGACUCAGGCGAAGAAUGUAUGCCCGCCGAUGAUCUGCGAGACGUGAUUGUUACCUUUGUAAGUAACCCUAACAUGCAAUGGAGCACUUGGAUGGCGAACGACGCUCAGGCGAUGAUGGCCAAAUGGCCAUAUCAUGCGGUGUUUUGUACAAGGCCGUUUGAAACUGAUCAUCCGGAUAUACGAGAUGAAGUAGUGAAGACGCUGACAAAGUGUGGACCGCUUCUUGCAGAAAAACCUCACACAACUACGAAAUUCGGAUGCGGCUGUAAGCACAGGCCUGGAAACAGAAAGGACCUCGUGCAGAUACUGUGUCUGUUUCCGUCUGGCUCGAACAAUUGA